AUGUCGAACGAGACCAUCGAAUCUGGGCAUCAACCAGGAUCUAUUCCGAACUCUUCGGUGAGAACCUCAUGCGAUGAAGUGAAUUUUACAGUUCGCUAUUAUGAGAGCGAGCUGCAGUCAAUUGCGCGUGAGAGCUCUCCUCUCAACGUGAUGCUGCGGGAAUUGAAGGAGUACUCGUCUGUCUUAAGACAGGGUGGUAGUGUUGCUCUGCACAGAGGUGAAACUUUGAUGAGCCCAAAACUAUCUAAGCAGGUAGAGAAACUCUUUACUCAUGAACCAAAAGUGGACGGGCCUCCAAAAUCAUGGACAGACAUUGUGCCCUGGGCUGGACCUGUCCCAAGACGUGUGUGCUCUGCGGCACAACUUACUGUUGGGGAUACUCAAAUAGAGCUGCACAAGGAUGAUCGCGACCUUCUCUGUUCUGGUAGACCAUGGGCAUUUCUUUCUCCCUGGCCCUACCCUGGCGACAUUGAAAAGGAAUUGCAAGUAGCCGAAGAAACCCUAGCAGAUGUUCAGAAGAUUAAGGAAAUGGUCAAUAAAGAUACUGCGAUCUCUUGCAUUCCUGAAGCUUGCUCCCGCUACCCCCAUGAAAUCCGGCCGCCUCGCGAGUCUGAAAUUGCGACCUACCUGAAUGGGGGCGCUUCAGAUGCGGGCAUACAGCCUUCCCAGUUUGCAAAUCCAGCGUCUCCCAAACAUGACGGGAGCCUGGUUCUUCCCACAGAGGUCGUCCCGAUGGACCUGAGCGAUGGGCACCCCGGUGGUUCGAAUACCCAGAGCCUUCACGGAUCGCCCAUGGACCACGGGUCAGCGCCUCUUGACAGAGCGAACCACUCUAGUCAGACGAUGGCGACAGAGAAGGCAUGUAUGGAACGGCCCGUCUAA